AUGGCGGCGAGGUCACUUGUAGUGAAUGAAUUACUUUAUUUUCUAGAAAAUAAUUGGAAUUCGGUUCAAAAUGAUUCGUUCAUUAAUAAUGUUUCUGAAUUUUAUUCUCAUGACGAUAUUACUUCAGCAACGAAAGUUCUAAAAAACGAAAUUUAUACGUUUAAAGCGGAUAAAAUUGAAAAACCGCCAGCACGUGGAAAUAUGAAGUCUGACAAAUUAUUAGAAUGUAUUUGGUUAAUGAAAUAUUUAAAGGAUAACAACUUAUGGAACAAUUGCCCGAUUUUUGUUAGUGCUAAAUUGGAUAAAAUUCCUAAAAUUGAAAAUUUUUUAACGAUAAAUUUCGGAAAAAUAAGUUGUGAAAUAAUGUCUACACUAAGUAAACAACAGUUAUUGUUAGACAAAGCUAUUGAAACUACUGCUGCUAAUACUUCGGAAAUAAACUUGUUAAAAUCUAAAUUUAAUUUAAAUAAUGAAUGUAAAGUCGUUGAACGUGAAAAAACACAACAAACAGCUUUGAAUAAUAUUAAUUUAAAAGAUGAAAACAAAAAUGUUGUUUUUGAAAGAACACAGCAAGCAAUUUUGAAUAAACCUCUCUGGUCUGAAAUUCUUCAGUCGCCGAGAACUGAAAACGAGGAACCAUUUAUAACUGCUAACCACAAUAAACCCAGGAGUUUCAUUAUUGGCAAUAACACGAAGGACGGUGGUAAAAUGCCUCUCUUAGCAGCGACCAAAUAUGACGUACCCACAAAAAAACCACGAGUGAAAAUUAUUGGCAAAAAAGUGGUUGAAAAUAGUACAUUUAAAGCGGACAAACCUCUCAUUAAAAAAAGGUAUUUUGUCUCAGUAACAUCAAAAGUUGCCAUAAAAAUGAUGUCGUUGACUACCUGUCUUCCAAUGGUAUUAACGUUAUAUCCUGUUUUCCUGUGCAAAAAUCAGUCAACAAGAAUUCAUCAGUUUCAGCAAAUUCGAACGAAGGCGACAAUUCAAAUAAUCACACGUCUGUUGAAAAUAGAGAAGAAAAAGAAGCAACAACUUUUAGAGUUUGCAUUGCCAGCUAAGAUUCAGAGAAGAUAA